CACAUUACGUCACAAGUCGAAGGUUGCCGAAUAGUUCGCUUCGGCCUUUGCGUUUCUCCUGGUGUGUGCCACAAAUUGUAAAUUAUUGCACAUUAUACGAAGGCUGGGAGAGGAGGAGCAGAAAAUGGCAGCGCCAGCAAAGAAACGUGUUGUCAAUGAAGACAGUAAUUUCAACGGAAACAACGACAAAUCUGAAAACAGCGACGAAAGUUCAGAAAGCGGUGGCACGGAGGAACACAUUACUCAAGAGAAAAUUCAGGUAGACUUUGAAGGAAGAAAUCCUACUGAUGCUGACUUCCAUGGUAUCAAGCAGCUCUUACAGCAGUUGUUUCUGAAAGCUCAUGUAAACCUGUCUGAACUUGCUGAUGUCAUAAUAGGUCAAAACUAUGUUGGAAGUGUGGUUAAGCAAAGUGAGAUGGAUGCAGAUGGCAGUGAUGUUGAUGAUGAUGAAAGCGAUGUCAAUGAUGUGUUUGGAGUGACAUCCGUUUUGAAUAUCACAGAGAAGCAGAACCUUGAAUGUGUGCAGCAGUUGCGCACUCUGUUGCUGGAACUGUGUAGUGAGCAUGCCACAGACCAGGCCAACACGAUGAUCUGCUCUCUGCUGUCUGACGACACUCAGUCCAUUGGCCUCCUUAUCAAUGAGCGCAUCGUAAACAUCCCCGCACAGAUAUCAGUUCCUCUUCUGGAAAGUCUCAGCAAAGAAAUCAAAAGAUCUUGUGAGAAGAAGAUGCCGUAUGACUUUACGUAUUUCAUAUUAAUAUGUAAGUUGUACAAAUCAGAAAAUAUGCAGACAAAGAAGAAGAAGAAAAAGAAGCAGCAACAGUUGUCUGGCAGAAGUGACGAGCCAGAAAUAUUGUGGUCAAAUCCUGAGGAAGAACUUAUAGACCAGGAAGCUGACUGCCGUUUUGAGUUCUGUGUGAAAGAUGACUCUGACUCUGGUCUAGCAGGACGUUGGAUGGAGGGUGAUACGGAGAUGAGUCCGUACAGGCGUGUGCUGCUUCUGAAAGCCAGCAAGCUUGAUCCACUCAUUGAGCAGAUUAAAACUUUUGUGACUGAACAACAAUAAUUUCAAUGGGGACAGAUGAGUGUGCAGACUUAUCUUACGUAGCGCUUGAAUGUUGCAUGUGCGUGUCACAGUAUUAAGCUGAAGUCUUGCAAUGGUUGAAUGUUUUGUGUUUGAGAUGUAUAAAAUUACAUUUAUAUUGUAAGCUGUGUUUUUCAAAUGUAUAAAAUUACAUUUAUAUGCUAA